UAAUAAUAGUUGAGUCACGAACAUCGUCAAGUACCUACACAGAGAAAACCAACCAACCAACCACACCAAAUAUAGGCGGCAGCGCACACACCACACACACACACAGUGACAGUGAGCGUGGGGUGAUUGUGGGGUUUGUCUAUUGCUCCCAUCAUUAACUAUACUCUCGUGGAUUUCAGCGUUCCUUUUUUCAUUUAUUUAUUCAUUAUUUUCAAACCUCGAUCAAAAAUAAAUACUUGGAUUGCAAGUUCUUCUACACUCUUCUUUCUCGAAUCUCGAUAUUUGAUGCGGGUGGAGUAAUUUAAAGACAAGUUUUUACUGUUACAUUUAAAGCGGAGUGAGAAAAAAGGUCGAAGAAUCCUAGGCUGUUUUUCUUUUCCUUUUCGACAUACAGAAGAAUCUGCUUUUGAGCAUGCAAGAAGGAAGAGGAAUUUACAAGUUACAGAGACCAUGAAGAAGGUGAACAACAGCAACAAUGGUGAUGCAAAUAAUGGUCAACUGCCAAAGCAGAAAGAAAGGCAUAUUGUUUCUUGGUCUAAAGAGGAGGACGAUAUUCUACGGGAGCAGAUUCGAGUACACGGGACUGAAAAUUGGGCAAUUAUUGCCUCGAAAUUCAAGGAUAAAACGACAAGACAAUGUCGAAGAAGAUGGUUCACUUAUUUGAAUUCCGAUUUCAAGAAAGGUGGAUGGUCGCCCGAGGAAGAUAUGCUCUUAUGUGAGGCACAGAAGGUAUUUGGAAACCGAUGGACUGAGAUUGCAAAGGUGGUUUCGGGCAGAACCGAUAAUGCAGUGAAGAAUCGUUUCACCACUCUGUGCAAGAAGAGAGCGAAAAAAGAAGCAUUAGCAAAAGAAAACACCACCGCUUCUUUCAUCAACUUAAACAACAAAAGGGUAAUUUUCCGUAAUAAUGCGCUGACCUCCGAAAAUGCUCCGACUCUUAAAAAGACAAGGACAACGUUUCUUGGGAAAGACGAUCCGAAGAUGCUUGCGUUAAUCCAGCAAGAAGAAUUGCUUAGUUCGCUUGCAAUAAAAGUUAAUACAGAGCAAACAGAGCAGAGCCUUGAAAAUGCUUGGAUUGUUCUUCAAGAUUUUCUCAAAGAAAACGAAGAAGUCGAUCUUCUUCCGAUAAAAAAUUCAGACAUUGAUUUUAAUGUGGAGAAAUUUAAAGAGUUAGUGGAGGAUUUAAGAAGCUGCGACGAAGGCAGUAGAUCUUCGUGGAGGGAGUCCUCCUCAGCUAGCUCUGAAUACAGUACGGGGUCAACUCUGUUAUCGAAUGCACCUUGCGAUAUAACGGAAGAAUGCGAAUUACAAUCCGGUCAAUAUUUUCUUGCAGAGGAAAACGAAGCGAAUAUCGUGCUGACAUGUGGCGGCGACAUGGGCGGUGAUAGAGAAGACAUGUUUGAAUAUUCGAGCACGGAAUUCUGUUCCCCUGUUCACGUGACUCCGUUGUUUAGAUCAUUGGCAGCUUCCAUUCCCAGCCCAAAGUUUUCAGAAAGUGAAAAGCAUUUCUUGAUGAAAACUUUAGGAAUGGACUGCCCCUCACAGAAUCCACCAUGCAAGAGGUCCCUUCUCCAUUGUCUAUAAUUCCCAAAUUUUAAGAAUUAUUUUUUGUGCAGAUUUCAAAAUCAUCGUCAGCAUCCAUCUGGAGUUUUUGUGGAUUGUAGAGAAAUUUUUUUAUUAUUUUUUUUUUAAUUUUAAAUCGGCCUGAGUUUUUACAAAUAGGCCCUCGAAGAAGUGCGUUUGCUUUAUAUGGGGUGCUGGGGAGCAUUCUGGUUUUUUUUCUCGUUUCGUUUCUGAAGUGGUUUUCGUAUGUUGCGUCAUUCUUUUUUGUUUUGAUCAUGGAACUAGGAUUUGGCGAUCGGUUGUUCCAAAUUGUUUUUUUUUUUAUCUUUGGCUAGAUAAGCCUACAGUACAGACAGAAGUUUCGAUAAUUAUACGGUGGCAACUCGCCAUGAUUACGUUUUAAGGAGAAUUUAGAGAGAGAUUGAGCAGAAGAGGGUCAAUUCGACACCUCUUUUCGUACAUUUUGGUGUGCAGAGUACAAUGUUAUGUAAAAUUUCAUGGUGUUCUAAUUCUUUUUCUUCUUUAUUUCAUUUCCAUCCAUGUUUGUUUUCCAGACAACAUGAUGUAGAAAAUUCGAUUAAUGGCAUCGAUUGAUGUUACCUUAA